AUCUACUGAAUAUAAAAAUAGGAAAAAAGCAAAAACAGACGGCUGGCUAGAUGUAGCGGAUGAGCUACAUACAACCGGUGUUCGACUUUUGGUUUGAGAACGAUGCAUUAUAUGGAGAGAUUUAACGGUCAAGAAUAAGAGAAGAACUAAAUCAAAUUAAAAAGAAGAAAAAUUAAAAAAUCAAUUCAAAAGAUGCAGCAACUUAAAAUCAAUAUAAGAAAAACACCAAACAAAUUUAAAUGAACUCGAAACAAAAAAAAAAAUAAUACAAGAAAUUGUUUUAAAGAAUAACUUUUAAAAUACAACAAGGAUAAUAUAUUUUAGGGGAACUAACAACAUAAGGAGGAAAAAGAAGAAAACAGAAAUAAGAAAAUAAAGUUCAACCAUGCAUUUAACUUGAAUCAGAUACAAUAAUCACACCUCAACAACAACAACCACACUGAAAACAAAUUAGAUUAAAAUAAGCAACAAUAACAACAACACCAAUAUAAUAAUAAAACAAAAAAGAAGAAUUUUUAUCUUGAAAAUUUUAAGAACAAAUAUGAUAAAGGAUAUCUAAUAAAAAAAGAACAAAAAAUCGAGGAGAAAUGAAUGAAAAAAAAAUUAAUUAAAUUUAUAUCAAAUAUUUAAAAGGAUAUUGGAAAAUUUGUAUAUAAAAUUCAAAAAUUGAUAAUAUUUUUUUAAUAUCCUUUUUAUGUAUAAGUAAUGCGCACAUCCUUUAUAUAUACAGCAAAAAACACAUAUAUAGUCUAAUAAAUUAUUAAGGCUAUAAUAAAAUCAUAAUAUAAUCACAUAUACCUUUAUAGUUAUCAGCUCCAUAAAAAAAAAACAAUCCUCUUACAGCAACACAAAAAGAAAACAAGAAAAGCCUGAAAUUUUUGAAAUUGUCAUCCGUACUACAAAACUAUAUACAAAAGUAUUAUUUAAAAAAGAAACAAGACUUACAAAAACAACAAAACAAAAUCAGUGGCAAUGUCCGAUACUUAUUCAAUUUUUUUCCUUUUUUGCAAAAACUAAAAGUGAAAUCAACUGGUACUCUCCUUUACCUCUGAAAAUAACAAUAAAAAGAAAAGGAAAUCAUUUUUACUUUUUUAAAAAGAAAAAUAAAAACAACAAAGAAUCAUCAAUUCUCUACAAAAAAAAAAAAAACUUUUCAUUACAACUUUUGAAUCCUUUGAAAGGAUAAAACUCCAAUGUUUAAAAUUAAAAAUUUUACAUUUUUUAAACUUUUUAAAAAACUCUUCAAUCUACUAUCCUUGAAUUGUAUCAUCAAUUUAUUUUCAUCAUUAUCAUCAUCAACAUCAUCAUUGUCAGCACCAGCAUUAUUAUUGAGAAAACAAGAAACGAUAAUAUUAGCAUCAGUAAAUUUAAUUUUAAUACAAAUUUAUAUAUUAAAAAUAAUAAUAACAAAAGCAACAGCAGCAGCAACAACAACAACAAUUAUUAUCACAUCAUUACCGUUUGUAAUACUAACAGCACUAUUAUUACUAACAUCAUUUAAGAGUUCAUUAUUAAGAGUAAAAUCAAGAGCAGUAACAGUAUCAGGUGCAUUAAAUAUUAAAAGAAUAUCAACAACAAAAACAACAGCAACAACCACAUCAACAGCAAGAAAAAUAACAGCAACAUUUACAACGAAAUUAACAUUACCAAUAGAGUCUGAUAUAAAAGCAUUAAUAGAUAAAAUUAUAGAAAAUUUGUGGUUAACUUCAUUAAUUGUAAAAAUUAUUGUAAAAAAAUUAUUAACCACAUCAUUAAGAAUAUUAAAAAAUAUUAUUAUAAUAAAUGAAAUAAUAACGACAUUAGCAACAAAAUCAACAUCAUUAAAAAUUAUAUUACCAUUACUAUUAUCAUCAUCAUCAUCAUCAUCAACAUCAAUAAUAAUAUCAAAUACUAGAGAGUUAAUUAAAAAUUUUUAUAUAAUUAUUACCAUCAUUAUAAAUGAAUUUAUUUUGUUGUUGUCAAAUAAUGGCUCCAAAUACACGUAUUACCCGAAAAUGGGAAAUAUUUGCUGGUCGUAAUAAAUUUUAUUGUGAUGGUUUAUUGAUGUCAGCUCCACAUACUGGAGUUUUUUAUUUAACAUGCUUCCUAAUAACUGGAACCAGUGCAUUAUUUUUUGCAUACGACUGUCCAGAUUUAGCAACUAGAAUAACACCUUUCAUACCAAUUAUAGGAGCGGUAUUAUAUUUUUUUACAAUGAGUUCCUUAUUGAGAACAACAUUUACAGAUCCUGGCAUAAUACCAAGAGCUUCACAUGAUGAAGCAGCAUAUAUAGAAAAACAAAUUGAAGUGCCAAAUUCAUUAAAUAGUCCAACAUAUCGUCCUCCACCAAGGACAAAAGAAGUUUUAGUUAAGGGACAAGUAGUUAAAUUAAAAUAUUGUUUUACUUGUAAAAUUUUUCGUCCUCCAAGAGCAUCACAUUGUAGUUUAUGUGACAAUUGUGUUGAUCGUUUUGAUCAUCAUUGUCCAUGGGUGGGAAAUUGCGUCGGGAAACGUAAUUAUCGAUUUUUUUAUAUGUUUCUAGUAUCUUUGGCAUUUUUAGCAGUAUUUAUAUUUUCAUGUUCAAUAACUCAUCUAGUACUAUUAAUGAAAGAAAAAAAAGAAGUAUGGGAAGUCAUUAAAUCAGCACCUUGUAGUGUUGUAGUUACAAUAAUUUGCUUUUUUUCAAUUUGGUCAGUAAUUGGAUUGGCUGGUUUUCAUACAUAUUUAACAACAAGUGAUCAAACAACAAAUGAAGACCUCAAAGGUUCUUUCUCCUCCAAAGGUGGACAACGAGCUGUUAAUCCUUAUUCCCGGGGGAAUAUCUGCUUAAAUUGUGUUCACAUAUUGUGUGGGCCAAUGACACCAUCCUUAAUAGAUAGGAGAGGAGUAGUAACUGACGAUUUUAUGUUACAAAUGCAUCCGAUAUAUUCUCCAGCUCAUCCAGUAACAGAAAUUCCAACAAUUCAAACGCCAACUAUGAUAACGCAACAGCCAGUUAUAAGUGGAGCUGAUGUAUUAAAACCUUUACCACGCUUAUUUGAUGAGACACUUUCUGCAUCAGGAAUGUAUCGUCAUCGUAGCUAUGAUAAUUUACAAAACGGGAAUUCAAACAGCUUAGCACAUUUAGUUGAUAAUGAAAUUCCAUUAUCAACAUUGGAAAAUACGGCACAAUCUUCAAAUACCCGAACAAAUAGUUUACCGCGACAUCCUACAAAUCCCAAUAAUUCUAAUUUAUAUCGUGGUGCAUCUGUUGGUCAACAGACACUAUCUCCAGUAAUUUCAGUGCCAACAUCAAAUAAUUCAGCAAUUAUGUUAAUAGAUGAUGAUAACAUGGACACAUCUAUUGCAAUAUUACCAAAUAAAAAUAAUUUAAGUGGUAGUUAUAAUAACCUAUUUAGAGAUAAUUUAGAAAAUAGUUGUUCAGAUUACCUACUAGAGAAAAUAGUUAUUAGUGGCGGCAAAAAUAAUCUAGAUGAUAGUGGUAGACUUUCAAAUAAGGAAAAUUCUGGCGGUAUACCAAAAAAUUUACCAAAUUUAACACAAUCAACAACAUUACAAGAUAUUGUAUUGGCUGGAAAAAAUUCUAAUAUUAAUAAAGUACAACAAUUACCACAUUCAACUACAUUACAUGAAAUCAAUUUCAAUAAAAUUGGUGCAUCAGCAACUUUAAAUGAAAUUCAACAAAUUGAUAGUACAACACAAUCGAUACCUUUGAUUAUCGACAGUCAUAAUAACAUUCCUUUGUCGGCGUCAACGCGCCGUUUAAUACAAUUACAAAAUAUACAAAAACUAGAAAAUGAAAAUGUUUACUCUAAUAUUCCAUCCGGCAAUGCAACUUCAAUUACAACAACAACAACAUCAUCAUCAGUACAUUCAACGAACAGCAAUUUAAUUUCUUUAUCCAAUAACGAUUUAAAUAAAUCUGAUCCAAAUUUACAUUUAUAUUCGAAUUUAAUUGAAGAACAUCAAGCUGAGCAGCAAAGACAAGCUUCAAAACAAAAGAGACACUCAGAACCAUCUCCACAUCAACAACAACAGCUAGUAUCAAAAUUUGAAAAAAAUAAGGUUACUUCAACUACGAAACCAACUCAAUCUUGCGAAUCUAAAAAUUUAAUUGUAAAUACAAUAAUACAGGAAAUCAAUCCAAACAAAUUACCACCAACAUCGACAAAUACAAUUAAAGCAACUAUAUCAACUACAAAAAAGCAACGUAAAAUUAACGCAAACAGAGCGAUUGAUGAUGUUGAAACUAUAAAUCAAAUUAAGCAAUCAGAACCAGUGACUACAAAAAAUGCCAUGUCUUCAUCAUUAUUAUGUGAUGAUCUUGAUCUAGAUGAUCCAGUUAGUGCUUUUGUUGCUAAUACAAGAAAUCGUAAAUUACAAAAUUCACAAAAAUCUAAAAAAAAGAAAACUUCAUCUGAUAUCGAUUCAAAAACUAUUGAACAUGAUCACAUGACAGCAACUGUUAGUAGUAGUAGUGGUGAUAAUCAGGUUGUUAAUAUAAAUGGAAAAGAUUCAAACCGAUUGAAGCAUUUGCAUGAUACAACUAUGAUUGAUACAGCUUUGGAUUUGGAUAGCUUAGACGGUACAAGCAUUGGUUUGGUUAAAUCUUCGGCUAUAGUAUAAUAAAUAGAGAAAUUUUAUAAUUUUAAUAAAAUAUC